AUGAUAUCUUUCUUGCUCAUUGCGAUAACACCAUCUGGUGCUGUUGUGGCUGGUGAGAAGGAAGUAGUACUUGACUCUGGCGGACAACCAGUAAGGGCCAAUGCUCCUUAUUACAUCUGGAAGCCGGAAGAAAGAGCAUGGAUUUCCCGUUACGGAAACAGGACACUUGCUCCCUUCUCAUGCCCACGAAGAGUUGUAUUGUUCUCUAAUGCAGUUGUAGAAACACCUCCUCCAGUUAUAUUUGUAUUAUCAUCAUCAGAUGAUGUCGUACGUGUAUCAACAGAGCUUAACAUCAUGUUCGCAAGGCGCUUUUUCUGCCGUGAUGAGUCCGGGUACUGGAGAGUUGCAAAUAGCUCACUGCCAAUCAAAGAAGUAGUCCUGUCCGGAUCCAAGUCAAGUUACGACAGUACCUUCACCAUCCAGAAAUCUGUCAACGGAUCUUACAAGUUUGCUUUCGGCAGUGCUGACAAACCGACCGAUAUCGGUUUAGAUGGGAUAUAUCCUGGUAUAUCGAGGUUGAUAUUGUCCAACAGCUCUAGUUUUGGCGUCUCUUUCAUCCCGGGUUAA